UCUUAAUAUUCAUAUAAGACCAGUGAUAACACUAUAAGACCAAACCCUUUUUCGCUCUUAACAUCUAUAUAUUUCAAAAACACUUUUAAUUCGGGUUUAUUAUUGUAGGUUGGAUAUAUUUAUCCAAUGGGAAUAAAGAAUAAACAUAAUGUGAGCGUGAUAAUUAUAGAUGGAAUCUAGAAUUAAAAGAAUGAAUAAAGAAACAUGGUGGAUGGUGAUGGUUUUAGUUUGGUCAUCUGUUUGAUUUGGGAUUUGAUGUCGAUUGUGUUUUGGGGUUGAGAUGUGCAUAGCAUAUAUGCAUUAAUAUGUGUUUGCCCUGGAAUGGGGUAGGUAUUUUUGCAGCCAUGUUGGGAAUGGACAAAUAUGCUGCCUAGGUAUGUCAUAUACUAUAUACACAUUUGUAUACUGUACAUCCAAAACAUGAUUGCUAUAUUUUAUGGAAUUUAGAAAGAGAAAAUCUAAUACAGCGGGUAUUCAUGAGUUUAUGGACAUAAUCGUAAAUAAUUGCAAAAGUCUACAUUUUUAUUUUAUCUUUUUCCCCCUGUGACUAUAUUGCCAUAUAGACUAAUAACAACAACAAUUAACCAUAUUAUUGUAAUUAUAUUGCUAUGAAAACUAAGAACACCAGUAAAUUAUUCAUAUUAUUUGGGUUAGAUGCAAACAAAGUCAUUUUUCUUUCCAGUUGCAGGUUAAGUUGCAGGUUAGGUGUACAGUGCGUGGUUCGGAUUUUGCCCAAACAUGCACCCAACCCAACUUGCCAAUCUCUAAAACGGGUUUUACCCACACCGAACUAAAAACCCGUAUGAGCUUUGGUAUGUUUGGAUACCCGCGAAUAUGGGUUAAAUUACCAUCUUUCAUAUCAACAACUCCAGUGCCUUCAUCAAAUGAAAAAUAAACCAUUGAAAUUUCUAAAAAAACAAAUUGCAUUUAUUUGUAAAUAAACGGUUCGUAUUAUUAGAUCAUAAAAAAAAUAUUCGAAAUGAGGCUACCCAAUUGCUAAAUCUCUCGUGCCACGUUGAUAACUAAUUCAUUUCAAUACAGUCACGAGGAUUGGUACUUUCACAGUGGGGGAAAAAAACAACCUUCUUGUUUGUGAUUUGAUGAAUCACAGCAGUGAAACUGCAGAUUUUUUUUUUUUUAGCAGCAGCAGCAAUAAGUGACUGGGCCUAGCUAGGUAAAUUCUUGUUAAAUAUGUUGGGGCCAGGCAGCUGGCAACCCAUUACUGUUUUUAGCUACCUCCCCUUUGGAUUCAUAUAUACAAAGAAUCGUCAAUCAAAGAUCGUUUUUGUGUGGCCGGUUGGAGCACGGUAGCUAGCUGGUCGGAAAAUGGGAGAGGCAGGCAAGUUGCUGCAGCAAAUUAAGAGCUUUAGGUGAGGGGAAUGAAUGCUCUCUGUGUAUUUAUGUGGGAGGUGUACGGACGAUCGAGUUGUAGUAGCAGCCCUGGCCUGGUUCUUGCUGUACAUUUCCUCUCCUAGCUUACCUACUUACUUACUUUGCCCUCUCGUUCUUCCCUUCUUCUUAUCCCAUUUCCCGGCCCGUUUUGGACCCCCCAAACCGGCAGAGCAAACACAACAUAUUUCAAUACAGUCCAAAUUCUACCAUUCAUAUGAUAGCAACUCACUCGUAGUCUAGCGGGCUUAGAUGUUAUUUCUAGUUUUAGUUUUAUUAUAAUGUUAUGGAUUUGGGCUUGUUCGGUUAGUAUUAUGUUGCAGGUUAGAGCCUAGCACGUAAUCCACGAGGGGCUGGACUUCUUAGGGGUGGCGGAUUAAUUAGGGGUAGAGGCCGAGUGGCCUAGUCGGGUAUUAGGGUUUCUACCCUAUAAAUAUAUGUAUGUAUGUUUGGUGUUAGUGUGCCGGUUAUCGCGAAUCGGUAAGAAAAAGGUCUUUCGACGUCAGAGUCGUUCUCUCGCUUGUUAGUUACAAGCAAAACCCUAACUCGGGGGAACGAGUUGCUAUCAUCAUAGAGUAACGUUCUCCCAUAUGCGGAUUGCACUCACUUCUUUUUUGUGGGCAUAACACCUCAUAAUCAUCAUUUUGAGCAGACGAUUCAUGUUAAAACGAUUUCAAUCGUCUCUUGUGAUAUGAUGAACCAGAAAAUGCACAAAUUUAUACAAAAAUUACUUUCAUUGAUGUAUUUAGAGUUUAGCGAUUUAUGGUUUACAAUUUUUGGAUUUAGAAUUAGAGUUCAAAAUUGAAGGUGUAAGGCUUAGGAUAAUGCAUUGAUUAGUCGUGAACGUAUGUUAUAUCAUAAUAUUAGACUAAUGUUAUGAACUAGAGUUCAAAAAUUCUAUGUUUUAAUACUAUUGUUAUAAUUGUAUGCAUAGUAUACGCUCAUUUUUGUAAGUACAUCGUAAAAGUACACCGUAGACCGUAGUUCACACAAUUGUAUAUACGUCACGACUUGAUUACUUCAAAAUUUUGAUUUUACAAUUUUACUUACCUGCAAACUAAACUUAUUACGUAAUUAACUACCUUUCUAAAACUGGAAUAACCAGCACUGAGUUGGAUUAACAUAAGUUCCGUCUUCUUCCAUCAAAUAUGAGGCGCAGACUUUACAUGUUGCCGUGGUCGACUUUCUUCUUGCCUAAUUGCAUUUCCUCUUUUUGACAUCUUGUCGACUUGAAGAUUAAAAGUGGCGACACGAAGGUAUUAAGUGGUCUUCAAGUAAUUAACAAGAGUCAAGGUGUCCAACAAGUUACCUCAAACACUGAAACACCUAGACAGUGGGAGGAGCUGUAACCAAGCCAGUGGUUCUGCAUGAUGAUUGAUCAUCUCUUCGUAAAAGAAAAGUUAAAUAAAAGUUUGAAAAAUUAUAACUCUCGCACACAUGUCAAAUUCUCAGUCUCUCGCCGAAUAACCUUCGAUAAGAAUAGGCACAAUUUGAAAAUUCCCCAAAAAUUUAUAAAAAUGUCAAACAUUUUUUUUUCAAACUUUAUUUGAAAAGAUGUGAAUCGUGAAAUUAAUUAUUGUCGAUGAUGGGGGCGGUGGAUGAUUCGUUGAUUAGUCUAGUCGGCCUGCGACGGGGCUGCUGCUUGUUGGGCUUGAUGCUUUUUCCGGCGAGUAAGAAAAACAAGCUUAAUUUACACGAUCUUCUGUUUCAUUUCGACACAAAAAACUGUGUAGGGAAGGCGGAUGGGAAGUGGGUGGCGACAGUUAACCUAAGUCAUAAAAUAAUCAAGCCGAUAAUUAUAUCACUUUCAGGUCUACCAUUCUGCUACCAAAGAUACUAAGAUCGGUUGGCAUCACAAGUUAUCCUUAAAAAAUAUUAAUACAGUAGCUCAACAUUAUCAAUCACAUCAUCCCAAAAUUUGAAACAUUUGGUGCCUGUAUUUAUGGAUCAUUUUUUGUCCCACGUGGCAAACCCAUUUGACCCACCCAGAGGCAAAAAUGUAGGGUGGGCAGAGUUUUCCUGUCGUUUGGAGCAAACCCAUCAACCGUAAACAGCGGUUUUCCGCCGUAACUACCAUAGAUAUAUUAGCUAGAAACGGUUAACGGUCAGAAUCAGCAAAAUUCUGGCUAGCUAGCUACCAACUCGGGUUUAAUUAGGUGUUUCGAUAUUCUAAGGUAUCUUCUUGGUCACUAAUUGUAUGUGGCUGCAACAGAUGUUUUGUUACAGAGUUACAACAAUCACGGGUAAACUUUCGAACAAUAUUGAUCUCCAUCUUUUAGAGAAAUGGUUUGAAUGUUGGGACACAGGUUGCAUUAGAUUGUGUUCGGAUCUCCCCGAACUAUAAUUAUGACUACAUUACAAUGCAUUAUUAGAUUGAUAUCACAAACAAAAACUACUCAUAAUCAUAACCUACAAUAUCAUUAUUCAAGGGUAUUUAAUCACUUCAUAUUUUAUAGAAUCAUCACUUCAUAUUUUAUAGAAUCUUAUCUCCCUACGGAUUUACCGUUCUUCCAAGCUAGUUGCAUUGAGCAUGUAAUUCCUAUCUAGCCAGUUGACAUUGAUCAAUGAGGAGAGAAGAAGCAUCUUCAUUAGAGGUGGUAAUUAGGAUCCAAAUCCAUGAAUCCAAUCCAAUCCAUCCACCAAAUUAUCUACUUAAUCCAAUCCAUUUGAUCCAAAUCCAAUUGGAUUGGUGGAUUGAAUCAAUCCAUGGAUCCAAAUGGCAAAUUACGAUUUGGUACCUAUAUUUUUUAUAUUUUACAUUUUUGUACCUAAAAUUUAUAUUUUUAUACGAAAAAAUCAUUGAAAAAAUUACAUUUUGGUACCUAAAAUUUUUCAUUAUGACAUUUUAGUACAUAAACUUUUCAAAAUUUACAUUUUGGUCUAAGCCUUUGAUGUCAUUUGGAUUCAUGGAUCAAUCCACCCAAUCCAUUUGAUCCAAUCCAUGAAUCCACCAAUCCAUUUGAUCCAUGGAUCCACCAAUCCAAUCCACGAAUCCACAAAUGUAAUCCAAUUGCGACCUCUAAUCUUCACAGACAAGAGCAAGGCAGUUGAGAGCAUGCAUGACAUUGGCAUUACAAUUUUUUUGGAAAUCAAAUGUCCCGAACAAUUGCCUAAGCAAGUACGACUAGGAACACUACUUACAACAACGAGAACUCCAAAAACAGAGGUAAAACGACGCAAUUACAUAGACAUAAAAAUGUCUUAUUACAUGUGCCUAAUUACAAAAUAUUAACCAAGGCGUAUCAUUAAAAACAUGAAUGGCCAUCAGGCAAGUAUCUUUAAAACCUUGUCGGAGGAAGUGCAACUCUAUGUAGUACUUGUAAGUCUUUGGAGAAUGGUAAGAACGGUAACAAUUGAAAAAAAGGAACAAUUGGCAAGACUUUCGAGCCGACCUGGUUUAUUUAGCCAUCAUGAUGCGGCAGGCAUGCACAUGUAAUGGUCAUGAUUUAUGAAAGGUAUUGGGCUUGGAUGGAAAAACUACUAUGGAUUCGAACCCGUUAUCUAACCACGAGAAAAAAGUAACCCAAUCCCGCACAAGCCUGGCGAAGAUGGGCCGUAUUCGUCAAAAUGCAUUGGCCCAGUAGUUAAAAGUUUACUGGAAGCUAGGCUGGGCCUGAAUCUUGCACGCCCAUACUAGCCGUUGUCUGUUUCAGCCUUUUUUUUCCCCCUCUCGAUAAACGACAACAGAAAAGACAAAAGUUGAGGUCUGUAGUCAAGUCGCACGACAGUACUUCUCAGCCCCAUCAGUUCCAUAAAUAUUCCUUCCAAUCACGCCACAGUAAAGAAUGAAAAAAGUGCAAAGGCAGAGAGAAUUUACUGUAGUAAUUUACUGUAUCCAACUGCAUGCGGCCGGACGGCCGUUGUUUCAUAUAAAAAGCCGAGUUCUUUUAAACCUGUUUACUGCACAGACUCUUCUCUUUUUAGUCUCUGGAUUCCGACCCAUCAGUUCGCUUCAUUUCUGUAUUAUCUCCUUAUGGCUAAUAGCUACAGCUUCACGAGGAGGCAGCUGCUGCGUUUAUUCUUGCUCUUAUUAGCUGUUCAUUCCGGUGACGGUAUAGCCAGCGGAGAAGAGGCUGCCGAGGCGGCGGCGGAUAGGGUGACGGACUUGCCUGGACAGCCGCCGGUGAAGUUCCAACACUACUCCGGCUACGUGAAGCUCAGGCCCAACCAAAGCAAAGCACUGUUCUACUGGUUCUUCCAAGCUCAACAUCAUGCUUCCCGCAAACCUCUCGUCCUCUGGCUUAAUGGAGGGCCGGGAUGCUCUUCGAUAGCUUUCGGCGCGGCCCAGGAGCUUGGCCCGUUCCUUGUUGCCGAGAACGGAACUCGACUUGUGUUUAACAAACAUUCUUGGAACAAAGUUGCAAAUAUGCUGUUUCUGGAGUCGCCUGUGGGUGUGGGCUUUUCCUACACAAACGACUCAAAUGACAUCCAGAAGCUAGGCGACAGAGUUACCGCCGACGACUCGCACGCUUUCUUGAUCAACUGGUUCAAGAGGUUCCCAGCUUUCAAGUCCCAUGAUUUCUACCUUGCCGGAGAGAGCUACGCCGGUCAUUAUGUACCCCAAUUGGCUGAGCUUAUCUACGAAAGAAACAAGGCGGCUCCCAGAAGUGCAUACAUAAACCUCAAAGGCUUCAUGAUAGGGAACGCGGUGAUUAACGACGAAACCGACGCAAUGGGGAUGGUUGAUUUUGCUUGGAACCACGGGAUCAUCUCCGACCAACUCCACCGCAACGUCAAGCAGUGCUUUGCCGACGAGUACGGCCGUCACAAAAGCCAUCACGGCCGCCAGAGCAGCAGCUAUACUAUAGAAGCAGAAAUGAUGAACUGCAGCAACCAUCUAAACGGGUUCGCUCAAGCCUACACCGCAAUCGACAUUUACAGCAUUUACACACCACUUUGCCAAAUUACUACCUCCAUCAUCACUCCCAAGUUCGCCACCAAUCACCACAAUUUCAAUGUUCGUACAUUUUUCAAGGAUCUGUGGCGCCAUUAUAAGCUGCCGUCGUCAGGGUACGACCCAUGUACAGAAACCUAUGCAAAGGCUUAUUUCAACAGGCCAGACGUCCAGAAGAGCUUGCAUGCCAACCUCACCAAAUUGCCUUACCCUUAUGAUACCUGCAGCUCAAUGAUCGUGAAGUGGAAUGACACCCAAGACACCGUGCUGCCCAUUAUUGGCAAGCUCAUAAAAGCUGGAUUGCGUAUUUGGAUCUACAGUGGGGAUACGGAUGGAAGGGUGCCGGUGACGUCUACUCGGUACAGCGUAAAUUCAAUGGGGCUAGAUGUGGAGGAAGAAUGGCGGGCGUGGUUCCACAAGGCACAGGUCGCUGGCUGGGUCGAGACUUACAGAGGCGGGCUGGUCCUAGCCACGGUGAGGGGAGCUGGCCACCAAGUCCCUGUGCUGGCGCCGCACCAAUCCCUCUCUCUCUUUGCUCACUUCCUUUCUGCAACUCAGCUUCCUUCUUCUCCUUCUUCAGGCAUCUAGCUAGAAUAAUCUAGUAAUAUAUUGGUUGAUAACAAGGCGCCAAUUUGAUUGUCAGAUAUUUGUGUUAGUCAUAUGUUUAUGCGCACCGCGCGAUCGCGUGUUACGCAACGACACCGUGUCUUUCCUGAACUUUCUUCUUUUUUGAGUAUGUGUGAUGAUUUCAUAUUCUGGAAUCACCAUCCACAAACAUUCCAUGUUAUUAUCGAGUACCAUAAUUAUCAAUGUAGUCACAAAUGUGAUUUUAUGCAGAAGUGUUUUGGUGACCUCGAACAGUAGAAUCGUAAGCUUUUAACCUUUGAAGCAUAGAUUUUGCCUACACUUGUAAGUGAAAAGUGCAAUUCUACGUAGAAGCGUUUUGGUGGGCUAGAAUUAGAAUUGUAACAUUGUAAGUUUUUAUUUGCAAUUUUGACUUCAUUGUGAUCAAAAUGUUUGAGUUAGUAGAGUGUAAAUUGACGGAAUUGAAAGACCUCUUGACAAUAAAGGAAUUGAAAGGAU